AUUUACAAAAGUAAAUAAACAAAUUAUUCCACUUUUAGCUUAGAAAAUUCCUUUACAACCCGCACAGGCUCAAAAUGAAAUUCCGUUUCUGUGGCGAAGGCGACUGUCCCGAUUGGGUGUUGGCUGAGAUCAUAUCCACGCUUUCCAACUUGAGUAUUGAAAACCUGGAGCAGCUCAGCGAACUGGUGGCUCUCAGAAUAUGUGGACAAGCUUUUGAAGAAGCAAAAAUUAAAGAACUAACUGCCACUCUUACCAAUGAGGGCAAAACCGCUGUAGCCUGUAUACACUUUAUGCUAAGCAGUGCUGCUAGAUUUAGUUGCACGGAAGCAAUAUUCGGAGAGGAGAUCCAGCAACUGGGACUGCCCAAGGACCAUGCCGCUGCCAUGUGUCGAGUGCUUCAGAAACAUUCCUCUUCCAUACGCCAAACUUUAAUGGAUAAAGCAUUUAGCAUCAACGAACUGCAAAGCGUUCGGGAUAUAUCCUCCCCGGACACAACGCCACCCAAUUGUGCCACCUUGGAAUUCAAAAUCUCGCAAGAACUGGUUGAUGGCUUACCGCAGGAUACCACGCAUGUUCUCACUUUUGAUCGGGUCCAAAUGAGAGCUCUGCUGGCAGAGAUGAAAUUGGCCCGGGAUGUCAUGGAGAAAUACGAAAAUAAAGAUUCCUAAAUACUCACUAACUAUAAAA